AUGAAUAUACCGAGAAAAAGGUCCAAUUCUAAUAGUAAUAAGAAAUCAAAAGAAAAGUAUGAAAUACUCUUUAAAAACGAAGAAAAUGAAGAUUUUCGUGUAAAUGUAGAUAUCGUUCAUGACAUCACCAAAAGUCUUAACUCAAUAGUUUUGGAAUCAUUUGAGCUAGAAGUAUCUAAGGUAAACUUUGAGCAGUCAAUUAUUGUCAAAAAGAACUUUGAAUUGCUCUUAAAGGAAUGCAUUAAAAGCAUAGAACUAGAAGAUACUCUGGAUGUGAAGAAAAUUGCCAAUGCAUUAAAAAUGAUAUCGCUGGUUAUGUAUUGCUUAUUGAGGAAAUCAAAUGGCACAGUUGAACAUAUUUUGGAACAUGAAGAUCUUAAACUUUUAUUCAAAAGAUGUCAUGAAAUCUUAGACAUGGACUUACCGGAUUCAGUUCAAGAUAUCUGUUUAAAACUGUUACUAAUUAUUUUAACUGGAGUGGAUAAUCUGAACGAGAAUCUGCUUAUUGAAUAUCUCAUGAUUGAAAACUUUUUCGAUUCUCUUAUUAAGCUUGUAUCAAGCCACACGUCCUCAAAAACGUCGGAUAUUGGAAACGAUGUUGUGUUAAUAAUCAUACUCUUGGCAAAUUAUAGAAAAAAUGAAUGUACUAAUCCAUAUAGUGUUCAACUGUCGAUAUUUGCAAACGAGCCAGCAUUAAACUCUUUUGCUUCAAUCAUUAAUAAUAAACUUGUUGAAUUCUCGCAUCAAUAUGCUUCUGUGAACAUUGACUCUCAUUCAAACUCUUGGUUGACAUCCUUAUCUUCUUUGCGAAACAUUUUUAUAAGCGAUGACGAUAGCGAUAAGACCAGCACUAUUCGAGCAAAUAAUCUCCAGCUUCUUGCACUCUACGAAAACAUUCAUCUCAAUCGAAACUUUGUAACAACUUUGGCUCAUACUCAAAAUGAAUCAAAUCCUCCAUCACCUAGUAAUACACUUCAAAGCUCUUCAUCGGCAUCAAAUCUUUCAUCAGUAUCUGGAAACUUUCAGGAUGUUCAGCCUACAAACUUGUUUGUUUCAUUGUUUGAAUACUGCUCGAUUGUGAUGAAAGAUUAUAGUAGGACAGAAUCAAUUGUAAACACCAAACUCUGUUUUAUCAUUUUGACGUGUAUUUCUGAGGACUCUUACGCAAAUAGCUUAAUGCAUGAUGAAAAUUUAAACUUUAAGGUUCAAAUUCAUAGAGCACAAAUGAGAUUAAGAAGAUUGCCAAAAGAGAAGGAUGCAAAACCAUUGGCAUCGACAUUAUUCAACUUAUUAAUUGAAUUUAUUGUUUCGCAUAUGACAAAAAGAUUUCCUAUGGAAUUAUAUCUUUUAUGCAUUGGAAUAAUUCAUCGAUUAAUGGUUUAUCAAAAAAGAUACUGUGUACGUUUAAAUUACAACUGGAAAUCUCUAUGGGCAGCACUUAUAAAUCUUCUAAAGUUUCUAGUCUAUCAAGAACAGUAUUUAAUAAAAAAGCAUAACAUCUUUAUACUCGCAAAUCAAAUCAUUAACAUAUUCAACUUUUUCAUCUCGUUUGGAGAUACAUUUUUGAGAACGACAAUUAUGUAUGAUGAGCUUUAUUAUGAAUUAAAUCGUGAAGAGAAAAUAUUCAGUGAAACUCAUGCUUUUGUGCUCAGGUAUAGUGCUAUGACCGACUCUGAACAUAAACAGGACGUCCUCAAGCUUCUCAACUCAUUAGUAAAUAUUUUAACAAUCAUAAAACAUUUUCAAAUAAAAAUAAAGGAAUGGUUAGUCAGUAAAAAUUUGAAUUCACCUAGCGAAGAACAAGUCUUAAGCAUUGUUCGAGAAAAUUAUGAUUUAACAUUAAAAGUUAUAGACAAUUUGGAUUCCUAUGAAAGGUACAAUGAACAAAAACAUAGUGCUUUUUUCAAUACGAUCGUAACAGAAGUUAUUGGAGAUUUAAGGAUGAAAAAUUGUCAUAAAUUUUUAAUAGAUUUUGUAAAUAAUGUAUAA